AUGGGGGACAAUGGGGCCGCGGACUGCAGCGUCCACGAGGCCUGGAAUGAAGCUACCAACGCGUACCUGGUGGUGAUCCUUGUCAGCUUCUGGCUCUUCAUGUAUGCCAAGAGGAAUAAAAGGAACAUUGUGAGGAUAUUCCGUUUGCCACCUCCAGCAGAAACUCCGUCAGAGCCCAACUUUUAUGACACAAUAAGCAAAAUUCGUUUAAGACAACAACUAGAAAUGAACUCCACUUCCAGGAAAUAUGACUAG